UUCUCCAGAUCUCGCUCAGCUCCUUGUCAUCUCAACACUGUGGAUCUCACUGGUCACUCCACCCGCCUUUCUUGAAGAGCAAUCCUACCAGGUGGGAAAAAAAAAAACAGCUUUCGUCGUCCUCUGGCUUGAUAGUGUCGAAUUCUCCCCGGUUUUCGCCCCCUCCUCUUUCCCGACGGUAGUGUACACACCACCACCAGCAUUUCUAUUAGCUCUUGAAAGAACGGGGGAAACAAAGAGAGGAAAAGUUGGCAGAGGGAGGGAUAUCAUCGCUCUUCUAGAGAUAGACUUCUCCCGACAGGGUUACCUAGAAGGUCCUGCUCGGUAACUUAAAACAAUCACCUUCGCCAUGCCCUCUGCCGCGGCUUCUGGGGCGGACGUCGGAGGAGGCUCAGCGAAAUCUCGCGAGCAUAAUCAAGGAAACCAGGAACGGAAAUACACACCGGAUCAGAAGGCGGCUGUGAUUAGGAUACGAAAAUGCUCGACGACGGCGUUUUAUGAGAUUCUUUGUUUGGAGACGUCGGCGACCGAUGGCGAGAUCAAGAAGGCUUACCGCAAGCUGAGUUUGUUGACACAUCCUGAUAAGAACGGGUACGACGGUGCGGAUGAGGCUUUUAAGAUGGUCUCGCGUGCGUUCCAGGUCCUUUCGGACCCGGAUAAAAAAUCCAAGUAUGACAAGUUCGGAGGAGACCCCGAUAGCAGGUUCCAACCGAGUGCUGGUCCCUCCGGCGCGUCGCCGUUCAGCGGGUUUUCAGCUGGUGGUGGUGGAUUCCCCCGUGGAGGACCGAUGUUUAAUGAGGAGGUAUCGCCGGAGGAAUUGUUUAAUCAAUUCUUCAACGGUGGGUUUGGCGGGAUGGGAGGUGGAUUUGGACCUUUUGGCGGUCCUCAGUUUGUUUUCAACAUGAACGGCGGCCCUGGGUUCCGGGUUCACCAGUUUGGAGGUUCUCGACCCCGAAGACGACCGCACGAUACAGAUGCCCAAUCUGAGCCGCAGCCCUCGAUCCGGGCUACGAUUCAACAAUUAUUGCCCCUUAUUCUCCUAUUCUUGCUCCCUCUGCUCUCAUCCUUCUUCUCCGGCUCACCCGCCCCGGCUGGCCCGACCUACCGAUUUGACGCCGCUGUACCUCCUCACACCAUGCAGCGAACAACCCCCAAACUCCAUAUAGACUACUUUGUCAACCCGAGAGACGUGGACGACUACAAUACACGGAGUUUCCGCAAGCUAGAUCAGCGAGUAGAAGUGGACUAUGUUACCAAACUGCAAUACAAAUGCGAGGCUGAAAAGGACGCCCGUGACCGAAUGAUUCAAGAUGCUCAGGGCUGGUUUUUCCCAGAUGUAGAGAAGAUGAAGGCGGCCAGAGAGUUGGAGCUCAAGAGUUGUCGCCGAUUAGACUCCUUGAAGGGAAAAUUUUAAACUAACGCCCAGAUGAUGCACAUUUUUAUUAUCUCUUCUUCUUCUUCUCCCCCCCCCCUUCCUUUGUCAUUCGACUGCUUUCCUCCUAUGUAAUUUUCUUGCCUGUGUUACUUCUCCGGCCGCUGCUUGUUGUUUAGAUAUCAAUGACUGUGAUAGUAUUUGACGGCGUUGCAUGGACUGAACAUGUCUCCCAAAUCAAUGAUAUUCUGAUGUCCUCUUUUAAGAGCAUCCAGCUUUGUCUACGAAUGAAAGAGAAAUAAAACC